UGUAUUCUGAUUCCAAUGUGGCCUUGACCGCUUCUGAAAGGACAGUGCUUCUCUUGCCUUGGGCUUUCCUGUCUGGAUGCUGGGGAGAUUCUGAUCACACCUAUGAGGCUGCCCCCGGUAGGGACUGGAUCUUUGGAAAAUUUCCCGCCAGGAUCCCAGGCUAAGGUCUGUGCCUACACCCUCUGGCGCUGGAUAUGGACAGCGUCCUGGAGAGAUCCAACGGGCGCUCCUCCAAGCGGAGCCUUGGAGGGCAAGGCCGGCACCAUUACCUCCAACGAGUGGAGCUCUCCCAACUCCCCUGCGGGGAGCAGCGUGUCCGGGGGCAGCCAGGCGCUGGACAAGCCCAUCGACAAUGAUGCAGAGGGUGUGUGGAGCCCGGACAUCGAGCAGAGCUUCCAGGAGGCCCUGGCCAUCUACCCACCUUGCGGCCGGCGCAAGAUCAUCUUGUCGGACGAGGGCAAGAUGUACGGUCGCAACGAACUGAUUGCCCGCUACAUCAAGCUUCGGACAGGGAAGACGCGCACCAGGAAGCAGGUCUCUAGCCACAUCCAGGUACUGGCUCGACGCAAAGCCCGUGAGAUCCAGGCCAAGCUCAAGGAUCAGGCAGCUAAGGACAAGGCGCUGCAGAGCAUGGCUGCCCUGUCAUCUGCCCAGAUCAUCUCAGCCACCGCCUUCCACAGGAAAGUGGCCCUCGCCCGGGGCCCAGGCUGCCCAGCUGUCUCAGGGUUUUGGCAAGGAGCUCUACCAGGCCAAGCCGGAACGUCCCAUGAUGUGAAGCCUUUCUCUCAACAAACCUACACUGUCCAGGCUCCGCUGCCUCUGCCAGGGUUUGAGUCUGCGGCGGGACCUGCCCCCUCGCCCUCGGCACCCCCGGCGCCCCCGGCGCCCCCAUGGCAGGGCCGCAGCGUGGCCAGCUCCAAGCUCUGGAUGUUGGAGUUCUCUGCCUUCUUGGAGCAGCAGCAGGACCCAGACACUUACAACAAGCACCUGUUCGUGCACAUUGGCCAGUCAAGUCCAAGCUACAGCGACCCCUACCUUGAAGCCGUAGACAUCCGCCAGAUCUAUGACAAAUUCCCGGAGAAGAAGGGCGGGCUCAAGGAGCUCUUCGAACGGGGGCCCUCCAAUGCCUUUUUUCUCGUGAAGUUUUGGGCAGAUCUCAACACCAACAUCGAGGACGAAGGCAGCUCCUUCUACGGGGUCUCCAGCCAGUACGAGAGCCCCGAGAACAUGAUCAUCACCUGCUCCACCAAGGUGUGCUCAUUCGGCAAGCAGGUGGUAGAGAAAGUGGAGACAGAGUACGCUCGCUACGAGAACGGCCGCUACUCGUACCGCAUCCACCGCUCCCCGCUCUGCGAGUACAUGAUCAACUUCAUCCACAAGCUGAAGCACCUGCCCGAGAAGUACAUGAUGAACAGCGUGCUGGAGAACUUCACCAUCCUGCAGGUGGUCACCAACAGAGACACGCAGGAGACCCUGCUGUGCAUUGCGUACGUCUUCGAGGUGUCGGCCAGCGAGCACGGCGCGCAGCACCACAUCUACCGGCUGGUGAAGGAAUGAGAGACUGCGGGAGCAGGGCGGGGGAGAGACGUGUGCAGGAACUGGGACGUGGGAGGGGACCCACAGGGCGGCCCCCGCAAGUGCCAAGACCGCGGAGUGGAGCUGGCCUGACUGCCAGGGGCGCGCUGCCUGCGCCUGCUCUGCCCCGCCCCCAAUAAACCCGAGGUGUUGUGCA